AUGGGUUUCAAACUUUGGCCUCCAAGGUUCAAGAGAGCUGCAGGUCGGCCUAGAUCAAGAAGGAUAAAAGGUUCUGAAGAAGGUGGCAAGCAAAAAAGCCAGCGCCAGUGCAAGAGGUGUGGCGGGUUUGGUCACAUGAUGAAGACUUGUAAUGAAACUGUUUAUGACUCUGAUACACCACCACCAGCACCACCAAAGCCCAAGAGAGCAAAGAAAAAGAAAAGCACUGCCACAACAACUAUCUCUACCCAGCAGUCACAGAUUGAAGCUCUAACAAACAGCUCCGCAGCAAACACUAGGAGCCGCAAGAGGGCAUUGGAGCUAGGUGGUGAAAUUUCCUCCCCAAUAAUAGAAGUGCAGCAUCAAAAGAAGAAGAAGAAAAAGGUGGUGACCACCAAGGCUACUGGAGAAGAAAUGCAUGCUGGGGAAAAGGAGGCAAGCAAUGCCGGCAAGAGGAUUAGCAAGAAGAAGCUCAUCCUGGACCUGUGA